AUCCCUGAGAAAUCUGCUCGAUGGGGAGAUGGAGCAUUCUGCAGCACUAAGGCAGGAAAUGGACAACUGGAGGAGGAAAGUAGCAGAACAGGAAGAGCGACAUGCCACAAAAGUCCAAGCCUUGGCACGAGAAAAUGAGGUGCUAAAAGUGCAGCUUAAGAAGUAUGUAGGAGCUGUCCAGAUGCUCAGAAGAGAAGGUCAAACAGUGGAAGUUCUGCCAAACCCUUGGAGCACUGAUGGUGAAUUUACAAUUCCAGAGCAAAAGCAAGUAGAAAACAAUGAGGAACUAGCCAGCUCCUAUGAAAGAAAAUUGAUUGAGGUAGCUGAAAUGCAUGGGGAGCUGAUUGAAUUCAAUGAGAGGUUACAUCGUGCUCUGAUGGCUAAGGAAGCUCUUGUGUCCCAGAUGAGACAAGAGCUGAUAGAUCUGCGAGGGCCGGUCCCUGGAGAUUUGAGUCAGACAUCUGAAGAUCAGAGUUUGUCAGAUUUUGAAAUAUCAAAUCGUGCUCUUAUUAAUGUUUGGAUUCCCUCAGUCUUUCUGCGUGGAAAAGCUGCUAAUGCAUUCCAUGUCUACCAG